AUGCGCCAUCAAAACGACAUUUUCUUCUUUUCCCACUCUCGCUGCCGCCACAAACUCCAAGCCGACCGCCAUCCCCGUCACCACCGUUCUCAUAGUCGCCGCUCCGCCGCCAUCAUCCGUCGAAACCACCCGCCCUCCCCCAACUGCUGCGACGACCGCAGCGACCGGUACCAGUAUCAUCAGAACAACGACGUCACGCACUCUCUCGCCGACUGGACGACGUCCAACGUCCUAUCGUUUUCAAACAGCAACAGCAUCCCCGCAUCCAACGAUGUGGACUCGGUUCAUACCUGUCCUUAUUGCGAUUGCACCUUCACCUCAAACAUCGGCCUGGUCGGUCACUUGCGAAUCUAUCGCGCAAAGACUGACGAACCGGUGCCUGGAGCACUAGCCUACAUCCGCCGCAUCCACUCCCAUUGGCCUCACUGCCCGUACAUUCAGCCACCACAUGGACCUAUUAAGCCACAUGCGCAUUUGCGAAAAGCUGCGGUAGACAACCGCCUGUUACACUACACCAUCACAUCUCCUCCUCCUCCCCCCACCACCACCACCACCACCUGCACCUCACAACACCAUUACACUCGCAAACACCCAAUUGCCACCUCCUACGUUGAUGGGAAGUGUGCUUCUCGGUUUUUUCUUCACGCGGCUCCUCUGCCGCAUGUGCGAUCUGAGUCUGAAACUAUCGCGGUAGGCCGUGCGCCGUGGCUUGGUAGGCUGUCGACUGAUGCCCUAACUCAGUCCACGCAGUCAGCCCAGAUGCGUGAGUUUGUGUGA